UAAAUAGCGCUGAAUAUAAUAAAUACAGCAACGUUUCCAUAUAAGACUUUUGGAUGCAUGCACGCAGACUCGUGGGAUUUCCAGCCGACGACUCUUGACGUUUUCCCCAUAAGAGAAUAUCUCAAACAAACAAUUAUCAGCUCCCAACACGGCUCCUCAUAGUGUUCUCCAGCGGGAGGAACUCUCCGUUCCGUUCAUUGUUUUUGUGAUAGCAGAUGCUCGGAUGUUGAUCUCUUAACACACACACACAAACGCACACACUCCACUGACCCACAUACUACCAGCGGCUCGCGGGUGGAAAGGUCGCCGGCGGAGGAGCGUCGGGGUCCGGCGUGCAGUGGAUUGAGUUCUCGCGGGGCGGUAUUGAUUUAUCCGGGGAAUGUAAAGCCGUGCGGAGGGUGAUGGACACGCGCUGCAGCACUGCUGUCCUCCGGCUGAUCGAUCAUGUAGCAUCAUCAUAUCAGGCAGACUUUAUCCAAGCGCGUUUUUUUCAGCCUCGAAGGAAAUAAACACAUUCACGCGACGUCGAAAGAUAUCUAUAUGCUGGAGUGCGAAAAGCGGACCGAACCACCGCGUGUUUGACCUCCGGAGCUGAUUUAUUUACCUCAAAGACCGCGUGAAAUAACCGCAAAAAUCAUGUCAGUGGAUCCAACAUGCACCCGGUGUUCGCUGCUGUGUUCUGCGGGGACGCGAGGCGCGACAGGCCGCUGACCGACACAUUCGGGAUCCGGACUGAGCUGCGCGGGGAUUUUGUGAACGCAGUUUUGCCAGAGCUCAUCUUCGAGGGACCAUCAUGUUGUCCAUCAUAGCUGCAGGGUCUGUGUUUUUCCCAGGCCUUUUCCUUUUGUCCAAACAGAUGCUCAGAUGCAUCCCUGGACUGCAGUGGAAUGAGGGAGACGCCACCAUCGUUUCGGCCAGGUUGGUAUCGUCUAUCCAGGCGAUUAUGGCUUCUACGGCCGGAUACAUCAUCUCCUCUUCCUGCCAGGACAUCAUCGAGGACCAGCAUUGGCUGACCAGCUCCUACAUCCUGUUCGCUGUGCCGUAUUUCGUGUAUGACAUCUACGCCAUGUUCCUGUGUUACUGGCACAAGCUCCAGGUCAAAGGGCACGAGGUGGACAACGGCUCCAAAUCCAAGGCUACAGCCAUCGCCGGAUACCUGCGCAGAGAGUUCCUCAUGGUCCUACACCACGUGGUCAUGGUCACCGUCUGCUUCCCCGUCUCUGUGUUCUGGAGGCAAGGGAAGGGCGAUUAUAUCCAGGGUGUCAUGUUCCUGGCUGAACUCAGCACACCGUCCGUCUGUCUAGGCAAGAUCCUCAUCCAGUACAAGCAACAGCACACACUUCUUCACAAAGUGAAUGGAGCUGUAAUGCUGAUCACUUUCUUCCUCUGUCGAGUCCUUCUCUUCCCCUAUCUCUACUACAUUUAUGGAAGAUAUGCCUCCAUUCCCUUUUACCUGGUCCCUUUCUCGGUGCCAUGGCAGUGUAAUCUCGGCGCAUCGCUCCUCAUGGCUCCACAGGUCUACUGGUUCUCUCUGAUCUGCAGAGGAGCUCUGCGCCUGUUCACCGGCAGGUCCUCGCACUCCCGCAAACCUCCGGUUAAGCCUGACUGUGAAGGACACGAGACAGCCAAUGGAUACAGCACACGGAUGGUGGGUCGGGACACGCCCACAAUGGCACACUAAAAAGGGAGGGGCUUAUGCAAAUGAGACUAAGCAAUGAAGAAAGACAAUUGGAUGAGUGAUUUACUGAAAUAGACUAGACGCCCUGUAACCAAUCACAGCACAGCAUUACGUUUAGUUACAGGGCUCACGUACUGUAUAUAAGAUGUGGAAAAGGCGGAGGAUUCGCUGGAAGUGUCUACACGAUGGACCGUCACAUCGCAACUGAGGCAAUAAGUGCGAGUUUUACGUUUCCGAACCAAGAGAAGCACUAUUCGUUGGCACUUUGAAGGGUGUGGAGGAAUGUCAAACUGAGGUUUUCGUGCCUGAAGUCUGUUCUUUGCAUAUAUUACUGUAGUGUCGCAGAUGCAUCGUUCAUAGAAGAGUCCUUGAUUAUUAUAUUUAGCAAUGAGCAACCCGAGGUAACAGGCAUUACCCAGCUUUAACGUGUCCGGAGACUUCCGACGGUCUGUUUAAAGGGGCAGUUCAUCCAAAAUAUACACGUCAGCUUAUUUG